GGGUGGCACUGGUGGGCACAGGUGGGUGGCACUGGUGGGCACAGGGGGUGGGCACAGGUGGGUGGCACUGCUGGCACAUGUAGGUGGCACUUCUGGGCACAGGUAGGUGGCACUGCAGAGUGGCACAGGUGGGGGCACUGCUGGGCACAGGUGGGGGCACUGCUGGGCACAGGUGGGGGCACUGCUGGGCACGGGUGGGCGGGGCUAGUGGGCGCACUGCUGGGAGGAAACUUGCGGGGGUCACUGCUGGGCACCGAUCAUCAGGGCACUGAUCAUCAGUGCCCUAUAUGAUCGGUGCCGAUCCCCGCUCUGACAACUGCCGGUUCUCGGCACGUGUCAUGGGACACCGCUGAUCACGUGGUA